GACUCAAAAAAAAGAGAAGAAAAAAUAAUUUUUGGGUCCUCAAAUAAUUUUUUUUUGGCUCCCCAAAAAACCAUUUUCCUCUCUUCUUUCUUCGUUAUCUCCAUCGAACUGCAAGUCGUCGAUUUCAUCAGGAUCCUUCGUCAGCGAGUUUCAGACGGUGGCGGAAUCUGACUUUUGGUUUCUCUAAUCGCUAGAUUUUGGAAAAAUCGGUCGUUUAGUCGCUAGAGUCGUUCUUCAAAUGGACGAUGUUGAGCUCGUCGCCGUCAACGAUCCGUUCAUCACCACUGAGUACAUGACCUACAUGUUCAAGUACAACAGUGUUCACGGUCAAUGGAAACACCAUGAACUCAAGGUUAAGGAUGAGAAGACCCUUCUCUUCGGUGAGAAGCCAGUCACUGUCUUCGGCAUCAAGUAUAUACAGCGAGUUUUGAUCAUUGUAUUAAGUUUGUAUAAGUUUAACUAUGAUUUGUAUGAGUUUAACUAUGAUUUUAGAAUAAGUUUGUAUGAAACUUGUAUUAAGUAUAAGUUUAAGUAUGACAUUGCACAUGAUCAUUGUGGCGAUGAGUUUGUAUGGGUUUGUGAAUGGGUUUAAAGUUGAUUCUUUGGUUUGUAGUUGAAGUUCAAAAUAAAUUUAUUGUAUAAGUUUUUUUUUAGAAA